GUGAGAUCGGACUUGUAGGAAAGCGAUUAGCCUUGUUGGCAUCGUCGCUGUGCAUGGACCAAACAGUGCGGGAUAUGAUUCUUUUCACAUCGGAGAAGACAGGGUGGAAAACAGCUACUAAAACAUCUGAGAUGGACCGUUGGUCUCGCUUGAGCGACAUCAUCACCACCCAAGCGGACGGCCCCAACCCAGCAGCUCUUUCCUUCUUAGCACGCAGCUUCGAUCCCGACCAACGCAAGCUGUUAGCAGAGAAACAGGCGGUUUUGGAUUUGCGGAUGAGGAACACUGAGAGCGCGAAUCGAAAAUUGAGGAUAACCGAGGAUCCUCUGAAGGUAAGCCACGUGAAACCCCCGAAAAGCCUGUUGGCAGGUGCCGCGGCUCCGGAACCGGAGCAGCCUGUAUUUGGAAACUACAGUGGUGAUUUUAGCGGUAGAGGUGCAGCUGGAAGGAGUAACGUGUAUAAUGUUGGAGGACAAGCACCAGGUCAACAAGGUGCAGUACUGGGAAGUACUACAACUAGUGCGUCUGUACCGGGUCAAAAUGAAGGGCAGAAAGAUGCAGAUGAAUCACCGGAAAAGACAGAGACACCAGAAGAGGAGCAGAAUGAGAAGAGCGUUGACUCACUGAUCCAAACAUUUCUUCCUCGAUGGUCGUCUCCUAGUCCGUCGACUGGUCCUAUUAAAGGAGCUACGCAGGGAGGACGAAAAGUUAUGUCAUUAUUUCUUUCACAUUCACGUCACCUCCCUCAGCUUGAGAUGAUCUGACUUUCUUGAUUAAGCUGAAAACUGAAAAUAAGUGAGUUACUGACUGAAAUAAGACGGGAGGUAGCUUUUAAAGGCUACUCACUCUGUGUUCUUCAGUGUCUCGGUUAUUCUCGGUUGUUACUUGCUUAUUUCAGUUUUUCGUAUAGCUAGUACCCAGGAUUCUCUGUGUUAGACGACUACUUCUUAGUUCUUACAUGGUUAGUUCCUUCUGCAAGAAACUCUUCUAACCUCCUUGGCGUUUCCCUUUCCGACGUCCAAGAGCGACUGUGCGCGGCGUGUGGUGUUACAGGUUUGUUCAGUAGGUCUAUCGACGCCAUGGAAGCAGAGCGUGCGGACCCAGAAGGGUCUGCAUUGAAACAAAAACUACGCAAUUUUCUUUCGAGAGACAGGGAAGUGUGGAAGACUUGGUCCAAUUAUAGCAAAAGUAAUGCGAGUAGUUCAGGUCCAGGAGGGGGAGUAUCAUCUGCUUCGCCUGUUCCAACAGCUACUGCAACUAUUAAGGCUCAGCUUUCAAUGGUCACCAUUGAGAUUGGAGUCACUGAGAUCGAUGAGGCGACCCCUUCUUGAGAGAACCAACAGGGGAAAUAAACGAAGGGAAAGGGGAGAGCUUUGAAGGGGGUCCCUUCCGUUCAGAGUCAUGAUGACCAUUGAAGGCUGAGCUUUAAAACUAGUGCAACUUCCGCAUCAACUGCAUCGUCCAAGAACUCCGAGACGACCGAAGACUACUUUGGCUAUGCUAUGCUUCCACCGUGGGCAAUUCAGUACGAGUGCGCAUCAGCGGAGACGCCUAGAGACCCGAUCGCGCUCUGCUUCUGGGAUCAGCACUGUUUACUUCCUGCGCGAACCUAUCGUGGCAGACUCUGUGCCCAAAUCUACCUCGCUCUGAAGUACUUCCCUCAGAGCUUCGGUUCUUGGAACCUAUACUUGGCGAAUGCUUCGGAUUUUUUGCUUGAGGGUUUCCGCAGUCAUUUUGACACACACGAUUGGAACGUCUACGUGUUGUUUCAGGGGUUGCUGGUGUUAUGAAAAGAAAAAGUGCACUCACACUCAAGGAAGUAGCUACUGUCCUACUCGAGUCCUAGCCAAUUUCUUGAGUGUGAGCGCACUUUUUCCUUUCAUAGGUGUUGUUGGACUUUUAUGAAGGAAAGUUCGAGGCGUACGGACCUUUGGGUUUGGAGUUGCCACGGGAGUCGUUGCGCAAGUGGAUUAUCGAAAUUUUGACGCAGAUCUUGGACUUUGAAACGGUAUUGUUGAGGAGCGGUGUGCACCAGCAGAAAGGAUAAGUAGCAGCAGGUUGAACUUGAAUCUUCUAGUAAGGGAUUGGGAUGUGGACAAACAUGGAACAAGCGUGGCUGAUAACGAGUUUGAUUUUUUUUCGUAUCAAGUGAGUGUGUGAAUCUGAAUAGAUACUAGAUAUAAUUGGGAUAUGCGGAUUUGGGCAUCUCUGUAUCUGUAAAUUACCUUGGAUUUGGUAUCCAACGAACGUGAACAAGUUACGCAAAUUACCUCGAGGACACAAAUUUGAGUAGAAAAAUAAUUUGAAAGUUGUGAAAGUAACUGGAUAUUAUACGGUAACGAGCUGUCGAAAUAUUUGACCGUUGAUGAACUGGUAUCGAAAUAAAGUUGAAAAGCUGUCGUGGAGCUUCGAGUACUCCAAGCAAUUACAAAUGAGUACUUCCCGUCCGCCUAUAAGAAAGAAAACCAAGCCACGUCGAUGUGUGAAAAAGCAGAAAGCGAUACAAGGUUCAAUUAUUUAGAUUUAUGAAUUGUGCACAGAUGGAUAGGGAUAUUGUUAUGGAAAAAGAUCCAUGUGUGGCUGCUGAUGAUCCACGACAUCUCC